GAUGGGCGGGGCCUGAGCGCGAGGGGUGGGGCGCGCCGGGCUCCCGGCGGGCUGUGCGCGAGGCUCCGCCCCGCCUCACUCGGGCCGGGCGGGGAAGAUGGCGGCGGGGACGGGCAAGCACAAGCUGCUGAGCGCUGGCCCCACCGAGCCCUGGUCCAUCCGCGAGAAGCUCUGCCUCGCCUCCUCCGUCAUGCGCAGCGGCGACCAGAACUGGGUCUCAGUCAGCAGAGCCAUCAAACCCUUUGCAGAGCCAGGCCGCCCACCCGAUUGGUUUUCCCAAAAGCACUGUGCAUCUCAGUAUUCAGAGCUCUUGGAGACUACAGAGACCCCUAAGAGAAAGCGUGGUGAGAAAGGAGAGGUGGUGGAAACUGUGGAAGACGUCAUUGUGCGGAAAUUGACUGCAGAACGGGUUGAGGAGUUGAAGAAAAUUAUUAAAGAAACACAGGAGAAAUACAGGCAACUCAAGAAGGAUGCAGAGCUGAUCCAGGCUGGACACAUGGAUAACAGGCUGGAGGAGCUGUGCAAUGAGAUUAUGAUAAAGAAGAAGCUGGAGGAGGAGGAGGCAGAAGUCAAGAGGAAGGCUACAGAUGCUGCUUAUCAAGCUCGUCAGGCCAUUAAGAAUCCGCCACGAAGAUUAACGGGUGUGAUGGUUCGCUCCCCUGCAGGUUCAACCUCUCCAGGGGGAGACUAUGCUCUGGGAGAUCUGUCUCAGCCUGCUGUGGAUGAGGCCAGCCCAGGGGUCACUCCAGGGACAUUGCCCAGCACCCCAGUUGCCACCUUCAUUGGAAUCCCUGACACCCCUCCAGGCUCUGCUCCCCUGGAUGCCCCCAUGACCCCAGUCACUGAUGAUUCACCCCAGAAAAAGAUGCUAGGACAAAAAGCAACUCCGCCUCCUUCCCCUCUGCUCUCAGAGCUGCUGAAGAAGGGCAGUCUCCUGCCCACAAGCCCCAGGCUGGUUGGUGAAAAUGAAAUGGCAGUGGCUUCUGGUCACAUGAACAGCUCAGGAGUCCUGCUGGAGGUAGGAAGCGUCCUUCCAGUGCUGCACAGUGGGGAAAUGCAGUCGGCACCUGGUGCUGUUCCUGCAUCUCCUGCUGCUUCAGGUGCUCCUACGCUUUCCCGGCUUUUAGAAGCUGGUCCUGCGCAGUUCACCUCACCUCUUGCUUCCUUCUCCGCUGUUGCCAGCGAACCUCCAGCUAAGCUCCUGCCACCCCCCGUAGAGCCUGUGUCGCAGGCAACCAUUGUCAUGAUGCCCACGCUGUCAGCACCAUCCGUUGUGCCACCAGCUGCAGCUCCAGAAAGCGUAGUCACAGUGAGCCAGCCAGAAGCCUGUGUUUCCAUGGAGGCAGUGUCUGAUUCCCAUACAGUGACAAUGCCCAUGGACAGCAGUGAAAUAUCCAUGAUCAUUGAUUCAAUCAAGAAGGAGUGCCUGGGUUCUGGAGCUGGCAGUACUGCAGGGUCUUCCAAAGAUCACUGCAUUGAUGGGAAAGAAGACCUGGAUUUGGCUGAGAAGAUGGAUAUUGCAGUGUCCUAUACAGGCGAAGAGCUGGACUUCGAUACUGUUGGAAAUAUUAUAGCCAUCAUUGAGGACAAGGUAGAUGACAACCCUGAAGUCCUGGAUGCGGCAGUUGUUGAAGCUGCUCUGUCCUCUUUCUGUGAAGAUACUGAUGACCCUCAGGCCUUGCCUGGCCCAUGGGAACACCCAAUUCAUCAGGAACAUGAGAAACAGGCCCAGAUACCCCAAGUGUCUGUGACUGUGAAGCAGGAGAGACUGGAGUGUGAGGAGCCAGAAGCAAAGGGAAUUCGAGAGCUGAUGGGCAUUGGAGAGCUGGGAUCAGAAAUAAAGACAGAACCUGCAGAGCAAGAGCAGAGUCAGCUGGGCCCUGAAGAAACCAUACCAGCAGCCACGAGAGUGACAGAAACACCAGAGCUUAGGAGUCAAGAGAUCGAAGAGGAUCAAAGAGCAGCUGUGGCAGCAGGAGAGAGUCCUGAAAUUGAGACAGAAUCAACCAAGGGAGAAGACACAAUGCACAAUACGGUGAAGACAGAGACCCCACCUGAUGAUGAUUCAUCCCCUCCACAAGUCCCAAAUGUGAGUGAAGACUCCUCACAGGCUGAUGUUCAGCACAAAUUUGAGCUGUCAGACUCAAUGAAGGAGGAAGCCCAAGCCCUCUUUAGGAAUCAGAUGAAGGAUGGACAAGGUGAAGAGGAUGAUGAGGAUGGUGCCAGUGAGGCUGCCAGUUUGGAGGAGCCCAAAGAAGAAGAUCAGGGUGAGGGAUAUCUGUCAGAGAUGGAUAACGAACCCCCUGUGAGUGAGAGCGAUGAUGGCUUCAGUGUCCAUAAUGCACCGUUACAGUCUCACACACUAGCUGACUCCAUCCCCAGCAGCCCAGCCUCCUCGCAGUUCUCAGUGUGCAGUGAGGAUCAGGAAGCAAUACAGGCUCAGAAGAUCUGGAAGAAAGCUAUCAUGCUGGUUUGGAGAGCAGCAGCUAAUCACAGGUAUGCCAAUGUCUUCCUACAGCCUGUGACUGACGAUAUAGCACCAGGCUACCACAGUAUUGUGCAGAGGCCAAUGGAUUUAUCUACCAUCAAGAAGAACAUUGAGAAUGGGCUGAUACGAACCACAGCUGAGUUCCAGCGUGAUAUUAUGCUGAUGUUUCAAAAUGCAGUUAUGUACAAUAGCUCUGACCAUGAUGUGUACCAUAUGGCUGUGGAGAUGCAGCGAGAUGUCCUGGAGCAGAUCCAGCAAUUUCUGGCUACACAACUGAUCAUGCAAACAUCAGAGUCGGGGAUCAGCGCAAAGAGCCUGCGUGGGCGAGACUCCACUCGCAAGCAAGAUGCUUCUGAGAAGGACAGUGUCCCAAUGGGCUCUCCUGCCUUCCUUCUCUCUCUCUUUAUGGGCCAUCCCUGGGUGUGGUGCAGUUCUGAGUCGGAGUCAGAGAACAGUGACUUACAGUCUCUUCUCAGCUGGCAUUCAAGUUUGGAUCUGGAAGUGGGAAACUGGAGGAAUGCCAAAGAGGUGGCCAUAGGGAAGCUGGAGGAAAGCAGCUACGAGACAGACAGCAGGCUGGAGUUCAGCGAUCCUGUCUGGGAGGAUGAUAGUGAAGACUUCCAAAAGGCAGAGAGGCAAUGUGAAGAUGACAGUCUUCUCCAGUUCUUCUCAGAGAUAACCCAGUUGCUGGAACCUCUCCGUGUCAGCUGCACAGAUUCAGCAGAGACUCUAUGGGAUUAUUCUGGCUCUGGGAAGCAGGAUGAUGGAGAAGAUGUGAGACGCCAGGAAGAGACCACAGGGACAGCAGUCUCAAGAGCAGAGGAAAGUCAGCUACAUGUCCUGGCAGAAGAUGAGAAAGAACAAUUCCCAGGAAGAGAGGACAAGACUCAAGAGGCACCUGGAGAAAAAGCUCUGUGUGAGCCAGAUUCACAGGAGAUUAACCAAGCCCAGGAUCAAGUUGAUAGUGAUGGCACCUCUGCAGACCCCAUGCUGGGCUCCACAAGCCCUGCCAACACACAGCUGAUGCAAUUGAGCUGGGAUAACCCCAUGAAGCAUUCUCACUUCAAAAGAACUGUUCUGUCCAUCUGGAAGAUGAUAGCCAGUCACAGAUGCAGUGGCCCAUUCCUGAAGGCCGUGUCAGAGAAACAAGCCCCUGGAUACAGUGAGGUGGUGAAGAGGCCCAUGGACCUGACCAGCAUCAAGAGGGGCCUGGCCAAGGGCCACAUCCGCUCCUUGGCGCAAUUCCAGUGCAGCCUGAUGCUCAUGUUCCAGAACGCCAUCAUGUACAACGCCGCCAACCACCACGUGCACCGCAUGGCGCUGGAGAUGCGCCGCGAGGUGCUGGAGCAGAUGCAGAUGCUGGGCGAGGCCCUGCUCCGCUCGGAGCACCGCCCGCCGCCGGGCCACAGCGGCCAAGCACAAGCAGAUCCGCCGGGGCGUGAAGGAGGUGCAGAAGUUCAUCAACAAAGGCGAGAAGGGGAUCACGGUGCUGGCCGGCGACACGCUGCCCAUCGACGUGUACUGCCAUAUCCCCAUCAUGUGCGAAGACAGAAAUCUGCCCUACGCUUAUGUCCCCUCCAAGUCGUUCUGAACUGGACCUGGAUGCAUACAGAAAGGAAGUACUGGCUAAGGUGUGGUUGGGGAAGAUGGCCCUCCCUGCUCAGACCAAGGGUUAAGGAUGGUCACUGCCUUCUCUGUGCUGGGUGAGGAGUGAAGCACAAGAGGCCAGUGCCAGGUGCUUAGGGCACGUUUCAGCUCUGCUGGGCAAAACUAGGAAGUGGCUUCUUGGGCUGCAUCAACAGAAGAGUGGUAUCAGGGCAAGGGAGGUGAUUGUCCCCCUCUGCUCUGCUCUCGUGAGGUAUCACAUGCAGUGCUGCAUCCAGGCCUGGGGCUCUCAGCAUAAGAAGGCUGAGCUGUUAGAGCAUCUCCAGAGGAGGGCCACAAAGAUGCUCAGAGGGCUGGAACAACUCUCCUAUGAAAAAAGGCUGAGGGAGCUGGGCUUGUUUAGUUUGGAGAAGGCUCUGGGGUGACCUUGUUGCAGCUUUCCA